AUGACUGACGCUACGUUCCACACCACCAUCCAGGACCUUCGCAGGGCCGAAUCAAAGCUUUCCCAGUUGCACGGUGGCAACCCCCCAGCAGACUCAAAUGUCUCUAGAAUGAAGUCUAUCAUCGACCAAAACUCCGACAAGGCUGCACAAAUUGAUAAGGUUAAGGCCAACUUGCCCCUGCCCGAUCAACCCCCAGUUGCCAGUGACUGGAACUCCUUUGACCAACGUAAUACCAGCAUCGGCUCUGGACGUUUAGAGUUCCCUCCUGAUAACAGUGGCCUGCGUGGGAGCGCGCCUGUCGGUAGUAGUGCUAGCGAACUUGGACUCUAG